GAACCGAAAGACUAAAAAAAGUUCUAAAAAGUGAGUGGGUGGUGUUUUCUUCUCCCCUAAACGAACGCAAUUAAUAAACAAAGCGGCGGAGCAAUAAAGUUUUCCACACGUGAUCUGAGCCCAGGAAAAGUCUUCACCUUAUAAGAUGCCCGACUUUUAUGAACUUUUGAAUGUGCCAUCAACGGCCAGUUUCGAUGAGAUCAAAUGCAGCUACAAACAAUUGAUACUACAAUGUCAUCCCGACAAAUUACGACAGCUCGAUGACCCAAAUCCGGGAUCGGAGGCCCAGAACAGCGACUUCAAUGCGAUAAACGCGGCGUGGAACACGCUCAAAGAUCCCAUUAGGCGCAAGCACUACGAUGCCGAAUUGCUGCAGUCGAAAUUCCAGGCACACAGCAAUAUAUACGCCAGCGUGAAGUUGGAUGAAAUGCAGCGGAUCGUAGUGGAAAUCGAAGAAGACGACGAUCCAUCUGCCUCCUCCUCCGCCCAAGAACCCGACCACCCGGCAGACAAAGGGCCGGCGACAAUGUGGAGCUAUGCGUACGACUGCCGAUGCGGCGGUCAGUAUCUGUUCGAUGGACCCGGAGACGAUGAAUCACCCGAAGUGAUUGUGGAGUGCAACGAGUGUUCUUUAGUGAUUAUUGUGAAACAGCCCACAACAUGUAAAUAA